UCCUCCCUUCUCCUUCUUCCCUCCCUCGCCUCCUUUGAGAUUCUUCACUUUGCAUUUUUUUUCAAUCAUCUAUCAUCCCGCCACAUUUUUCCCAUUAAUCCUAAAGCUUCAUUCUCCAUCAGACAGAAGAAACCCAGAUAUCAUCAUGGUUAACUAAAUUUGAAGAACCAUUAAUCCAGGAACUGAGAGCACUGAUCUUAGGGGAUCUCGAUGGCAAUGGAGAAAGAUCUCAAUCCGCAUUCUCCACGAAUUAGAAAGCUAAGGGAGAAUAGUCAUCCUAAUACAUCGACUUCACGUAUGUGUAAUAAUAAUCAAAGAGAUAACCAUUAUCAAAACAUUCUCAAUUCACCAAGGGAUUACAAUUACGCUCCUAGCUCUCCCACCGCCCGCACUCGCCACCGCAGGCGAUCAAGCGAGAAUCUAUCUGAGGUGAGCAGAAGCAAUGUAAGCAGAGUAAGCAACCUGUUACUUGGUGAUAAGAACAAGUACAAAUCAAUGUGGAUAAGGACAUGCUCAUCUCUCUGGAUGCUUGGUGGAGUUAUGUUUAUAAUCUACAUGGGUCAUCUCUACAUCUGGGCGAUGGUUGUGGCUAUACAGAUCUUCAUGGCCAGAGAGCUCUUCUUUCUACUCAGAAGAGUUCACGAAGAGCGUCGCUUGCCUGGUUUCAGGCUCUUGAAUUGGCAUUUCUUCUUCACGGCUAUGUUGUUUGUUUAUGGACGCAUGCUCCAACAGCAGCUUGUGAACACUGUUUCUUCGGACAGAUUCAUCUACAAGCUUGUGAGUGGUCUUAUCAAGUACCAGAUGGUUAUUUGGUACUUCUUGUACAUUGCAGGUUUCAUAUGGUUUAUCCUUACAUUAAAGAAGAAGAUGUAUAGGUAUCAGUUUGGGCAAUACGCUUGGACGCAUAUGAUCCUUAUCGUUGUGCUUGCUCAAUCUUCUUUCAUCGUUGCCAAUAUAUUUGAAGGGAUCUUCUGGUUUCUUCUGCCUGCAGCGCUUAUUGCUAUGAACGAUGUAGCUGCUUAUUUCUUCGGUUUCUAUUUCGGGAAAACUCCACUGAUCAAGUUGUCUCCAAAGAAAACAUGGGAAGGUUUCAUCGGAGCAUCAGUGGCAACCAUUAUCUCCGCAUUUUUUUUUGCAAAUGUCUUAGGCCAGUUCCAAUGGCUUACAUGUCCAAGGAAGGUAACAAAAAUUAAAUCUCCAUUGCGAUGUUUUCUUCUUGGCCUUUACUUCAUCGCUAUGUUGCAUCUUUUGCAGGACUUAUCAACUGGUUGGCUUCAUUGUGAUCCAGGCCCUCUCUUCAGGCCAGAGUAUUAUCCAUUGCCCUUUUGGAUUGCUCCAUUUUCUCCAUGGAAAGAGAUCUCGAUUCUGCCUGUCCAGUGGCAUGCUUUCUCUCUCGGUUUAUUCGCAUCUGCUAUAGCACCUUUUGGUGGUUUCUUCGCAAGCGGUUUCAAAAGAGCUUUUAAGAUCAAGGAUUUCGGAGACAGCAUACCAGGACAUGGAGGAUUUACUGAUAGAAUGGAUUGCCAAAAUGUUAUGGCGUUUUUCGCAUACAUCUACAUCCAUUCGUUCAUUGUUAAUCAGUACAGUGUCGAGAUGAUCCUAGACCAGAUAUCGAGGGGUCUGGGAGACGAGGAGCAGAAAAUGCUUUAUGUAAAGCUCGGAGACAUUCUUCAACAUAAGUUACAGGGAAGGUUUUAAGAAUGAGAUGCAAGUUUUGUGACUCUGUUUUCAGCAUCUU